CACACAUCUGCAGUUGAGGAGAUGGGACACUGAUCCAGAGAGGAGCACUUCAUGCCUCCGAGAUCAGUCUUCAGAGCAUGGCUCGGUGUGUCACUGUGUUGUGAGGGAGAAGGUGACAGGAAAACUCCAACAGGAGAGUGUUUACGUUUACCUUCUCUGAGGUUGAGCUGAUGCUUUCUCUCAAGUUUGGAGUGAUGUCCCAGUGCUGGUGCAGGCAGGGCCUGCUCGGUUUGGAGCUGGGCAUUCUGAUGGUGGUCCUGGUGGCCGGCAGUGCAGGACAGGUCCAUGACAGGAGGGAAGCAGGGUCGUCCUGCUAUGGAGGAUUUGACCUCUACUUUGUUUUGGACAAGUCUGGCAGCGUGCAGCAUUACUGGAAUGAGAUAUAUUACUUUGUUGACCACCUGGCGCACAAGUUUAUCAGUCCUCAGCUGCGGAUGUCUUUUAUUGUGUUUUCAACAGAAGGAAGGACUCUCAUGGCACUAACGGAAGACAGAGAGAUGAUUCGUGCGGGACUGGAGGAGCUACGCAUGGUGCAGCCAGGCGGCGACACCUACAUGCACAGAGGUUUUCAAAGAGCCAGUGAGCAAAUAUAUUACGGGACUGGAGAUGGUUACCGGACAGCCAGUGUCAUCAUUGCCCUGACAGAUGGUGAACUGAGAGAAAAUCAGUUUGACUUGGCACAAAGAGAGGCCAGCAGAGCACGCCAGUUGGGUGCCACUGUGUACUGUGUGGGAGUAAAAGACUUCAAUGAAACCCAGCUUUCAACGAUAGCUGACAGUAAGGACCACGUCUUCCCUGUGAAUGAUGGAUUUCAGGCACUACAAGGCGUCAUUGACUCGAUCCUGAAGAGAUCAUGCAUUGAGAUCCUGGCUGUGGAGCCGUCCAGCAUCUGUGAAGGAGAAUCCUUCCAGGUUGUAGUCAAAGGAAAUGGUUUCCUUCACGCCCGAGACGUACAGAAAGUUCUCUGCAGCUUCCGCAUCAACGACACAGUUACUUUGAUGAAAAGACCUUUGGUGGUGAGGGAUACCUACCUUUUGUGCCCAGCUCCUGUUCUGGAAAAAGAGGGAACCUCUGCCACUCUCCAUGUCAGCAUGAAUAACGGCCUGAGCUUCAUAUCCAGCUCUGUGACAAUAACUGCAGUCACUUGUUCUGAUGGGACCUUUGUGGCCAUAGCUCUGCUCAUCCUGCUGCUGCUGCUCACCAUCCUUCUUCUGUGGUGGUUUUGGCCUCUCUGCUGCACUGUGGUCAUUCACGAGCCGCCUCCUCCAGUAAUAGAGGACAUCUCUGACGAUGAGGAUGGUUUUCCCAAGAAGAGGUGGCCCACUGUGGAUGCCUCGUACUACGGAGGGCGUGGAGUCGGAGGCAUCAAGAGAAUGGAGGUCCGCUGGGGAGAUAAAGGUUCCACUGAAGAAGGUGCCAAACUGGAAAAGGCUAAAAAUGCUCGAGUUGUGAUGCCUGAACAGGAGUUUGAUUUUCCUCCACCAAGGCCUUACUACAACAUGCACAAAUCUCACCGCCCCCAGAAGUGGUAUUCUCCCAUCAAGGGCAAGCUGGACGCUCUGUGUGUGUUCCUGAGAAAAGGCUAUGACAGAGUGUCUGUGAUGAGACCUCAUCCUGGAGACAAGGGCAGGUGCAUAAACUUCACCCGAAGCAAAUCCUACCCUGCUCCUCGCUACCCCAUCUACAACCAUCCGUCCACGCCGGUCUACACUUUGCCCCACACUUACCAGCGUCGUCCAUCAGAGGGCAGCCCCCUCUUCAAUUUGCCCCCCUCGCCAACCUCAACGCUCCCCCCUCUGCCGUCCACUCCUCCCCCGUCCUCCACCACCCCUCCCAUGUACACACCACCUCCAAACAGAGCCCUGCCCCCGGCCAACAUGAGCCCCGUCUCCGCACCCCCGUCUCCAACCGGCUCUCUGCCGCCUCCGCCUCAGGGGCCACCUCCUUGUAGAGCGCCUCCUCCGUCACGCCCUCCUCCACGCCCCAAUCACGAGGGCCACUGAUGAUGAUGGAGAGCGAAGAAGCUGAGGAGCAGGAUCCAAGCUCAGGAUGGAAACCUGAAAAGACCUUUUCACUGUGCCUCCCUCUAAAUACGUCCAAACAGAGAACAGAAUUAAAGUGACUGUGUGAUGUUGCCUUUUGAUUCAACCCAAGCACAGUCAAAACUUUCAACAAGUCGGUUUGCCUCAACAAGUGGCUCACGCAUUACGUGCCAUGAACUAUGACUUUUUUUUAAGUCUAGAAAGUGAAUAUUUAGUGUAGCAAGCACAGCAGCUUUGGCUAUUAAAUGCUAUUGUAGCUAAGAAACUUAGUCGGUUCUUCAUAAUACUAAAUCAGACAAAUUGGUCGAUGCGCUAUUGUAUAAAUCUGCAUUUUAGUCUUUGCCUGAUAUGAAUUAGAUUUGUUGAUCUAAAAUAAUCUUUCACUGCUUUGCACAGUGAAAAACAAUAAUCAGAUGUUUAAACCGCAGAAAAUCCAGCAACUCAGCAACUGCGUCAUGUGUUUUAUACAUGCAAGUGUGUUUGGCAAGUGUUGCCUUAAAAAUGUAUAUGUUGUGAAUUAAUAUUCAUUGAAUCACAAAAAUGAUAUAUGUAUAAAUAUAGAUAUAUUUGAUGUCUGCUUCUGAUGGAUGCUGGCAGUUCUCACGAUGUAUUUUUUUUUUCUACAAAAAUAUAUAAUAGGUAGAUUUCUUGAACUUUGAACAAACUGUUUCCCCAUGCUUUAAGUCUUUAUGCUAAGCUAACUAGUUAAGCUAGCUUCACAUUCAUGGUGUAGACAUGACAUGAUGCGGUGUUGAUCUUCUCAUCUAACUUUUGGGAAAAAAAAGUGAAUAAACAUAUUUACCAAAAUGUUAAACUUC